GCAGGGCUGCCUGUGUCAAUAAAAGGCAGGAGCAGUCAGUGAACUGACAUUUGGCGCCUGGAGGAUUAUCGCGAAAGUCGCUUUGCAUUAAACUUAAGUACAAUGCUCGGAUUUUUUUUCCCCCACAAUAACAUGACUGAAUUAAAUGGGAAAGAAGACUGCAAGCAUGCAGAAGGCAAAAUCCAUAAAAAGAAGCAGAAGGCUUUUGGCACAGAUCUCAAAAGUUAUUUGAAGUGCAUGGUACCACAUAUUGAAUCUGGGAUCAAGACCUCCAACUCCAAAACAGUCAUACUUUCUGCAGAAGAAGUUAUACAGUGGUCCCAGUCUUUGGAAAAGCUCUUGGCCAGUCAAAGUGGUCAAGGUGUCUUCCGGGAGUUUCUGAAGUCAGAGUUCAGUGAGGAAAACAUUGAAUUCUGGUUGGCUUGUGAGGAUUACAAGAAAUCCAAGUCUGAUCACUUACAGUGCAAAGCAGAGAGGAUUUAUGAGGAGUUUGUUCAGUCAGAUGCUAUUAAACAGAUCAAUAUUGACCAUCAGAUUAGGGAAGCAACGGCCAAAAAAGCUCAAGACCCAACUCGUACAAGUUUUGAUGAAGUCCAGAAAACCGUGUACAUCCUCAUGGAAAGGGAUUCAUACCCUAGAUUUCUGAAGUCCAAAGCCUACCUGAAGCUUUUAAACCAGCUGCAAACCAACACUUCAAAAUGAACUGUGUGAAUCAUUGAGGAGCAAAGAAGACUCUGUGUCAAAUAUCCUGUGGAGAGAUGCUUCAGGGUGGUUGGAUCUUGGCAAGGAGAACCCCUGUCUUGGGUGGAGGGAUACAAGGGAGAUACAAACAGCUCCACAGCCAAGAGAACACAGGAUAAAAGUUGGGAAGACUGUUACAAGGGUGGGAGCAGUAGAUGGAGAAAGUCCUCUCCUCCUGUACACCAUGAAGCCAAGACAGGAUAUGGAUACUAUUUAUUGUUUGAACUACACUGUGAACAUUGAACUAAGUAAUAGUGCCCAGAGAACUGCUGAUUAUUAGGAAGUGCAAGACUAGCAAGCCAAAUGCUGAGAAAAAUUUGUCACAUUCAGAAGAAAAAAAGAUGAGUGACAAUUUUGUACAUAAAGUGUUCAGACGAGACUGAUCAAAGGCUAUUUUUGUCUGUGAAAUGUUAAUAUGCAUGAGUGCAGCUCCAUUAUACUAUUGUGCUAUGAAAAUAUAUUAACUGGUAUGUCUUAAAAAAUGGAUAUAUUUUAAAUUAUAUAUAAGAAUGACAUAAGCUCUACUUUUUCUAAGUUUGUACUCAAUAGGCAGAUAUGUAGCAUCUUGUUUAAUUUAUUGCAAAAUAACAGGCAACUCUUGAAUCAAAUCUACCUAAAAAUAAAAUUUUAUGGUCAUUUUA